CAUUUGGAGUUUGCGGUGAUACACGGAAUACACGAAGUGGAGUAAAUUUGUGCUUGAAGCAGAGAAAACAGUGAGAAUUCACGGAUAAUGGCCACUACGCUGGAGGAUAAGUCCAUCUGGGAGGACUCCGAGGAGGUACUGAGUGAGGAGGUGCUGCGAAUGCCUACAGAUGAGAUUGUGAGUCGCACUCGGAUGAUGGACAAUGAGAUCAAAAUCAUGAACAGUGAGGUUAUGCGGAUCAAUCAUGAGCUGCAGACUCAGAAUGAUAAAAUCAAGGAGAACACCGAGAAGAUAAAGGUCAACAAGACCCUCCCGUACCUCGUGUCCAACGUGAUUGAGUUGCUGGAUGUGGAUCCGCAGGAGGAGGAAGACGACGGCGCGGUGGUGGUGCUGGAUUCCCAGCGAAAAGGAAAGUGCGCCGUCAUCAAGACUUCCACCAGGCAAACGUACUUCUUGCCUGUGAUCGGGCUGGUGGAUCCGGAGAAACUGAAGCCUGGGGACUUGGUGGGAGUGAACAAGGACUCUUACUUGAUCCUGGAGACACUCCCGGCUGAGUAUGAUGCCCGUGUGAAGGCGAUGGAGGUGGACGAACGGCCCACGGAGCAGUAUUCGGAUAUUGGAGGACUGGACAAGCAGAUCCAGGAGCUGAUCGAGGCCGUGGUGCUGCCCAUGACGCACAAGGAGAAGUUCAAGAAUCUGGGCAUCCAUCCUCCAAAGGGGGUGCUGCUGUACGGUCCGCCGGGAACGGGAAAGACUCUCCUGGCUCGCGCCUGUGCCGCCCAGACCAAGUCCACCUUCCUCAAGUUGGCUGGACCACAGCUCGUGCAGAUGUUCAUCGGUGACGGCGCCAAGCUGGUGCGAGAUGCCUUCGCGCUGGCCAAGGAGAAAGCCCCAGCCAUCAUCUUCAUCGACGAACUGGAUGCCAUCGGCACGAAGCGUUUCGAUUCCGAGAAGGCUGGCGAUCGAGAGGUGCAGCGCACGAUGUUGGAGUUGCUCAACCAGCUGGACGGCUUCAGCUCCACGACUGACAUCAAGGUGAUCGCCGCCACCAAUCGCGUAGACAUCCUCGAUCCGGCUCUCCUGCGUUCCGGCCGUCUGGACAGGAAAAUUGAGUUCCCGCAUCCCAACGAGGAGGCUCGGGCGCGCAUCAUGCAGAUUCACUCGCGCAAGAUGAACGUGAGUCCCGAGGUGAACUUCGAGGAGUUGGCGCGCUCCACGGACGACUUCAACGGAGCCCAAUGCAAGGCCGUGUGCGUGGAGGCGGGCAUGAUUGCUCUGCGACGAUCGGCGAGCAGCGUGACUCACGAGGACUUCAUGGACGCCAUUAUGGAGGUGCAGGCGAAGAAGAAGGCUAAUCUCAACUACUACGCCUAAGGAUUUUCGUGAGUUCCACCCUAUUCAGCGUUUUCUCCUCUUUUUUUACAUUAAGCCUACCCCUCGAUGUUGGGGCUAGAAAAAUACACAACUUUUCGUCUACA